CUGCAGGGUAAACCACUAAUUGAAGCACGUGGAGAAAUCAAAUACUCAGCGAGCUUUUUGGACUGGUUUUCUGGAGAAGCAAGGCGCAUCUAUGGGCAGGUUGUUACUCCUGCGGUACUAAAUAGGGAACAUAUCCAUAUACGGGAGCCGAUUGGCGUCGCUGCAUUCAUAACCCCAUGGAACUUUCCCACGGCAAUGAUUGCACGUAAGGCUGGAGCAGCUUUGGCAGCUGGUUGCACAAUUGUAGUGAAGCCAGCUGAGGACACGCCGCUCAGCGCCCUUGCGCUAGCACAGGUUUCUUGA